AUGAAUAUCAGAGUCAAUGAAGCCCUGACGCUGUUUUCUACCAACAAAUCAGCAUUGAAUAAAAGCCAGAAGGCAGAAGAAAAAGGAAGGGACUGGGAAGGUUGCCCGUUUCCAGGCCCUCCACUUGGUAGACCACCCAUUGUUCCCCGCUCCACCAUCGGCGUUCCCCAAACCCCCGGCCCCAACACCAGGUUUCCCUCGCAGCCCCCACCUCACAACCAGAGGGGGCGGCCCUCGGUCCGGCCCCACGGACCGGAUUACGAGUUGGCAGACGGCCGUCAGAGGACAGCCGUCGCCCCACGCCCACCACCGCAAGGACUCACCGCACGUCACCAAAGCGACGCGUCGGGAUCCCGCCAAACUGUGCUGCCAGCCAGCCAGCCAGCUAGCCAGCCUUACAAGCAGCUAGUCAGCCAGCCGGGCAACCAGCCGGUUCCAGGCAGCCGGCCAGACGGCAUUAUAGCCAGCCAGCCAGCCAGCCAACCGGUGGGGCAGCCGGUUCCAGUCAGGCUGCCAGCCGGUACACCAUCCAGCCACCGAGCCUACCGGAUUACCAGCCGGUUCCAGCCAGCCAGCCAGCCAGCCUUCAGGACAGAGAGCCAGCCAGCCAGCUAUAAGGACCCCUGGCCGUCGGGUCAGUCGAGUCUCUCAGACCACUGA